AUCCCAAAGCUAUAAAAAGCUUUUUAACUUACAUAAUCAAAUCACAUCCAACGCUGCGACAAGCAACGACGCACGUAAAAUUCAAGAGAUGGCGCUGCAUAAGGUGUUGCUAUUACUAGCCGCGGCGCAAUGUACAUUCGCUACAAAUCUUUAUAGAUCUGCCAGGCAGGCACCGGGCAGUAUAUUCACAGUAGGCAACGGUGAACAAUGCUUGGGAUCUGACAGGAGCACGGGUGGCGUUUGUCUUUCAAGAAAUCAGUGUAAUACCCAAGGAGGAAAGGCUAUUGGAUUUUGUGGAGUAUUUGCGACGUGCUGUUCUCUAAACGCCUGCGAUGUAAGAACGAACACGAAAGUUGCUAUUUUCAUCAACCCUCCAUUGAGUAAAGAGUCUUCCGGCUUAGAAUGUUCAUACAAUGUGGAGAUCAACAAUAAUAAUGUCUGUCAGAUGAGAAUCGACUUUGAAACAUUUAACCUUGCACCGCCAACAACUGUGGAGGCAGUAGAGAAUGUGACGCAGCGUCCAGGCUUCACCUGCAGGAAUGACAUCUUCCAAGUCACCAACUUGCAGGCUAAUUCUGACAGCAUGCCCUCUCUGUGCGGUGACAAUAGCGGACAACAUUUAUACGUGCGAGUAAACGCCUCAACCAACAGUCGGUCCAUUCGCCUCAAUUUUAAGAUCGCGGACCGCAACACGCAGCCUCACCUACCGCAGGCUACCUGGAAGAUCAAGGUCACACAACUCGAGUGCUUCAACACCCUUGGCAAGUUCCGCGACGGUAUCCUGGAAGCCAUCACCUCCUCGUUGCCCUCCACCCCGCUGUCUUCCUCUGCUGACAGGGAUGAGUACCUCAUAGCGCCCCCCGGCUGUCUGCAGUACUUCCCGGACAGGUCCGGAGUGAUAGAAUCUUUCAAUUACAACCGCGGGGACGGACCAUACAUCGCCAAUCUAGCGUAUGCCACCUGUUUUAAGAGGACACCAGAUGUUUGCGGCGUUAAACUGACAGCUGCAAACUUCGAACUGGCGUACCGCGAUGAGCAGAAUAUGCAAGUGGAUACAGAUUGCCAGGUGAACCCUGUGACCCAGGGAGUGCCGCAGUCUGAGGACUACCUCUUCAUACCAGAGGCGGAGACCGUCGAGGGGCUCAGGGGGUCUAAAUUCUGCGGUACUAGUGCACAGAACCAGAUUAUUGCUUCCGCUCCCCCAGGGCCGGUAUAUCUGCACUUCCACAGUGACAACCUGGUGACUGACGGAGUGCCGGAGUCCGGCUAUAGGUUCAACUACAAUGUACUCAAUAACUGUUACCUCAAGAAAUAAAGGCAUAAGUCAAACUAAAUUAUGACAGCACACUAACGCCCCCCU